AUGGAAAAAAUGUUCAUUGGAACAAAUGUAAAUAGGAACAAAAGUAAAAUUUGGAAAUUAAUAUCAUUGGAAUAAGUUUGUUGACUAGGAACACGGCCGUGACUAGGAACAAAAAAUUGUCGAACAAAAGUGAUAUAAACCGUUUUUUUUAGUGUCUGGUCUACCAGCAUUCAGCACUGACUCGCCACUCAGAAGUCAGAAGCCUGUCUAUUCGUUUUUGCUUCUCUGGUAUCAAUAAUGCUAAUGCUAAAGCCAAGCACCAAGCUAAUAGCCUGAAUAAAGCCUACCAUAUUGUAACUGUUGUGACUUAUAAUUGACCGUAAUUACAUUUUAAGUAAAUUACUUUWUGUUUCGUUUUUUCUUACUUGUUGUUACUUGUUAAUGUYCAGUGUUAAGUUUAACUAUUAGGUUGCUGUUGAGAAUAUUGUACUGCCAUAAUUACGUCGCAGUACGUAAUUUGCGUUUGAAUUUAAUUCUCAGUUUACGAAGAUACGACAAACUACUCUACUCGACAUUAUGGCUCUUGAGAAGUAAGUUUUGAUUUAAAUCAUUAUUUUCUGCUUUUUAUAAAACUGUCCAGAUAGCAAAUAUAUUGAGUAAGGUCUGUGAAUUUUAAGUUGAACUUUUUUUCGAUAAAAUGACAAACCGGACAAAUAGAGCUUUAGAAUAUUACAAUGAUUAUAUCGACUGUACACAAAACUUACCUUUGGACAUACAGCGGCAUGUAACGCAGAUGCGUGAAUGUGACUUGGAGUAUCAAGAAAUGAUGUCAAAGAUCAGAGAAUUGACCGACAAUUUUGACGGUUCUAUGUCAACAUUAAAUUCUGAAAAAUUGACUAAGCUAUUAGUUACUGGUUUAAAUCUAGGAGAUAAAAAGGUGCAAACAGUUCAACAUAUAUCUGACUUGGUAGAUGAUAAAGUCAGACGCUUGGAAAAUGGUAGGAAGUAUUUGACCUCUGCCAAAGAACCUGAUACUCCCAAGCCAAGUAUCAAAGAAAAACCAGAAAACAGUAAUUGUUCCAAAGAACGAUGUUUACCUAGCACUAGUACUAGUACUGUUACUAAAGAACUGAAGAAACGCAACACUGAUAAUGAUAGUAAUGAAUCUAACAAUGAUUCAAAACUUGUAAAACGGCCCAGACGUAACAGAGCUGAUGAGCCAGAUUACAAAGAAAUUUCUGAUGACGUGGUGGCGUUGUCAGCUUUACAACAUUCCAACACACCUUUGCCAAGAGCCACAGCAACUGCGCAAGUACAAUCUCAAGUUACAUUGAAAAAAGCAACUCAAAAAACAGAAACAAAGACCAAAAAGAAGGGAAAAUAUAAGAAACAACAGAAGGAUAAUUCGCCAUCAUUGGAUGAUGAUGAUGAUAUAGCUGUUGAUCCUGAUGAACCAACCUAUUGUCUUUGUGAUCAGAUUUCAUAUGGAGAGAUGAUAUGUUGCGAUAAUGAUUUAUGUCCAAUAGAAUGGUUUCAUUUUUCAUGUGUUUCAUUAUCAACAAAACCAAAAGGCAAAUGGUUUUGUCCCAAGUGUCGUGGAGAUCGUCCAAAUAUAAUGAAGCCUAAAGCGCAGUUUCUUAAAGAACUUGAACGGUAUAAUAAAGAAAAAGAGGAUAAAGCUUAAUAUUUUGUUUUUAACACAAACAACAAUCUACUUAAUUUAAUUUGAUGU